UAUCUCUCUCUAAAAUUAUCUCUAAUCAGUGGAGAUAUUGGGGUCUAGGGCUAAAUUUGAGCAAAAUUGGGAAGAUUGGAGCACGAAUUUUGAUCGUCUGUGUUCAAAUUUUUAUGAAAUUGAAAGUGAUGGCGGCUGUUGAGGUGGGGACACCGGUCGAAUUAGGGUUUGUUUGACAUUUUUAGGAGGGUUUUAGGUGAGGAAGUGAUCCGAGCUUGAAAGUUUAAGGGGAUUUUUACUUGGAUUUGUGUAAAUAUUGGAACUUGGGAGUGAUCUAGUUAUAAAUACAACUAGAGAAUGGCUAGAUUGGUUGAUCCUCCAAAUGGCAUGGGAAACCGAGGAAAACACUACUAUAUGAUGUGGCAAACCCUUUUCGAGAUUGAUACUAAGUAUGUACCCAUCAAACCCAUAGGUAGAGGAGCUUAUGGGAUUGUGUGUUCUUCGAUCAAUAGGGUGACUAAUGAGAAGGUUGCAAUUAAGAAAAUUAACAACGCAUUUGAGAAUCGUGUUGAUGCACUUAGAACUCUGAGAGAGCUGAAGCUACUUCGACACAUCCACCAUGAAAAUGUCAUUGGUUUGAAGGAUAUAAUGAUGCCAGCCAACAGAUGUUUCAAGGAUGUCUAUCUGGUCUAUGAUCUCAUGGACACGGACUUGCAUCAAAUUAUCAAAUCUUCUCAGGCACUCUCGAAUGACCAUUGCCAAUAUUUUCUAUUUCAGUUGCUCCGCGGCCUGAAGUACCUUCAUUCAGCAAACAUACUCCACAGAGACUUAAAGCCCGGGAACCUCUUAAUCAAUGCAAACUGCGACCUCAAGAUCUGUGAUUUUGGUCUGGCACGAACAAGCAGCGGAAAAGACAAAUUCAUGACUGAAUAUGUUGUUACUCGCUGGUACCGAGCCCCUGAACUACUCCUCUGUUGUGAUAAUUAUGGCACUUCUAUAGAUGUAUGGUCUGUAGGCUGCAUCUUCGCCGAGUUGCUCGGUCGCAAACCCAUAUUUCCUGGAACCGAAUGUCUUAACCAGCUCAAACUCAUAGUCAAUGUACUUGGUACAGUUAAUGAUGCUGAUCUUGGUUUUAUUGAUAACCCCAAAGCUCGUAAGUACAUCAAGACCCUCCCAUACACUCCCGGCAUCCCUCUCCCUGCAUUAUACCCUCAUGCAAAUCCCUUGGCUGUAGACCUGCUGCAAAAGAUGCUUGUCUUUGACCCAUCUAAAAGAAUUAGCGUCACUGAGGCAUUGCAACACCCGUACAUGUCACCACUUUAUGACCCAAGCUCUGACCCCCCAGCUCAGGUCCCCAUCGAUCUUGACAUCGAUGAAGAGUUAGGAGAAGAUAUGAUCAGGGAGAUGAUGUGGAGGGAGAUGCUUUUCUAUCAUCCAGAAGCUUCUUCCUUGAAUGUGUAAACUUCUGUAUGGUAAUAGAAGCAGGUUGGGUGGUACUUUGUAACAUAUGAAAACCAGCCGUAUCUAUAUUUUGUUUCCGUUGCUUAUUGUCAUAAGAUCUCUUUGGCAAUUUCAUCUGUAAAUAUUUACAUAUUGCAAUAAGGUGGGAGAUCAUCUAGUAUGAUUUUGUUGUGAUGAUGGAGUAUGUUGCUUUGUUUUGAAUGUGUAUCAAGGACAAAAAUUGGUGUUUCACCACCAACAAUGCAUAUUUAAAGAACUUCAGAUUGCUUCUGA